AUGGUGGCGGCCGACAUCUCGAGAGCGCCAAACGUAUGCGCCAACUGCAAAGCCCGCAAGAAACGUUGCGACAAGUCGCUGCCGCGCUGUCGCUACUGCGCUGACCGUAAUCUCGCAUGUUGCUAUCAGACCUCCAGCUCUAGCCCACGACGACCCAUUGCAGAUCCGGUCUUCGUCUCCUCGGCCAGUUCCUCUCCCAGCACCGUCUGGAGAGGCGCUAGCGUCGUCCCCACUAGCAUCCCGCGGCUGCCUUUCGACAGUCUGGCCCCGGAGAUCGAGCCCGGGCUCUGCGUCCAGGCCCAGCGCCUACUCGAAACAACCGGCUUGUAUCUCGAUGAAAUCAGCGUCCGCUACUUCAGGGGGAUCCACACUUUCGUUCCCAUCGUCUCGCGGCGCCGAUUCCAGGCGCAUCUUCUCUCCUUCGGGGUGAACCCGCAGGCCGACUUUGCUCUGCUGCUACUAUGCAUGGGGCUGCUCACCUACUCGGCGGAUUCGCCCCAUCCAGCCCCUCCAGGAGGCGGCCGCGUCGAGAAUAGGAUGCUCUACGUAGCUACCAAGUCCCUCAUGGCGCAGGCUCAAGCCUUGUGUCAGCCUUCAACGCAGCUCGUGCAGGCGGGCGUGCUGCUGGCUGUGUAUGAGUAUGCGAACGGCAAUCCUGAAACGGCCUUUAUCACGAUCGGAAGCGCCGCCCGCAUGGCGUAUGCUGCCCGGUUACGAUCCGUAUCCUUGCUGAGCACCGCACCCCCGCGGACCGAUUGGACCGCAGAGGAGGAGGAGAUCAACAUCUGGUGGGGUAUCCGUGUCUGCGAGCGAACCUUCCUGUGUGAACUUCCCAUCGUAGAACAACCGUUGGGGUCCGUGAUGCCAGCCCGCGAUGAUCGCCUCCCCCUCGAGUCCAGCGUUCUAGAUCACGGCAACCCAUCCGCGGCCCUUGCAUCGAGCGUCGCGAUCCAAGACCUGAGCGCUCCCCAGGUCGGCGGCUUCGGCCGCGCCGCCCAAGCCGCCUGGCUCCUAGAUGGUGUGCUGCAGGGGUUAUCCCUGACGGACGCGGAUCGGAAGCGGACGCACCUUGCCGACUGCGAUCGGACGCUGCAGUCGUUGCUAGCGAUCGUGAUGCAGCAGAUGCAGCAGCAGGGGGGUAAUUAUGGGCCUUUUUGCGUGGCCACUGCGCUGACCAUCCGUGCGCUGUUUCUUCUCCACUGGCAUCUUCUUGAUCAGCCUACGUACGAAUCGCCGGGGAGCGAUAGCCCGGUUAAUAGUUCCCACUCGGCCCUGGAUACGGUCACUCAGAUGGUUAUUGACAUCUGCAUAACCCACGAGCACAUGUCGAUUAGUCAAAUCGAUCAGUUGCCGCCCAGCUGUCUGUAUAUCAUCCGAGCGUCAAUGAAGCACAUGCAAUCGCCGACGCCGGAUCCCCGGCUAUAUGCGUCCCUGAAGCAGUUCGAAGCUCGGUGGGGGGCAUCCUCGGCGUUCCAGACAUGA